UCGCCGGUGAGCUACACACACGUUCCUGACUGAAACGUCGCCUGGAAAGCUGAAAAUCCACAGAACGGGGCAGAACCAGCGUCGGGAGGAGAGGAAGUGAGGACGAUGUCUCCCCCACGGCUCACGGGUGCACUCCGUUCCUUCUCCAACGUGAGCAAGAAGGAGGACUUCACUGAGCAGCUCUAUGAUCUGAAGGCCAAGCGUCUUAAGAGACAGGAGCUGUUUGCCAGAGAGGGCCUGACGUGGCAGAAGAUUGUCCAUUUCUGCACCGAGCAUCAGGACAAAGCUCAGCAGCAAGCCGCCAGUCAGGAACUGAAGAGCCUCCUCCACGCAGCCAAACAGAUCGUGGGCGCAGAACACGGUCAGGAUGCCAUCGAGAGUGCAGCCGUCUUUCUCUUCGACACCUUCCACAACAAAGACCACGUGGGCACGGAGGAGACCAGGGCCAUCAAACAGAUGUUCGGCCCUUUUCCGUCGUCGGCAGCCGAAGCCUCGUGUGCCUGCGUGGCUCGGCUGGUGGCUCCGCUCGGCGACUCCAGGGUGGAGGACUUCAUCCAGACCCAGCGCUCCCGCAGCAGCCCCCAACGAGGCUCCGCUUUCGGACGCAACAUCGUCUUCUCGCACGACUGCUACGCGCUGGACCCGCUGGAGGACCUGCCCUGCGCUGGCGUCCCCGAGGACAGCGCCGGCUUGGACUUCAUCAACUUCCUCAACAACCAGCAGAGUGGGAAGAAGGUCGCCGGUGAAGAAGAUGGGGCGAGCUCCAGAAGGUCCGCGAGCUCCGGGAACGAAUCUAUCCUUCGAACGGAAGUGGAGAAGUACCUGAAUGGAGGCAACAUGAUCUCGUCUAACCCAGAGGAGCUGUGCAGCUCCUUGUUCGAGAUGCUCGCUUCACACAAGAGUGACGAUGAGCUUCAAAACGAGCUGUUCGAGCUGCUGGGCCCAGAGGGACUGGAGAUGAUCUCCACCCUGCUACAGCGGAGGGCGGCCGUCGUUGACUCCCUCCUCUCCGUCCCAUCUGAUAGGAUCGGUUACCCACCAGUGUUUCCUUCAGACGUUGGCGGAAAACUCGUCGGCGAAGUCACCAAGCCUGCCUUUGGAUGCCAGGUGACCAUCCAGUCAGAGCAGGAGAAACAAAUGAUGAAGAUGUACCGGAGGGAGGAGAAGAGAGAGAGGAAGAAAGGCAAAGGAACCGACGACGGCGACUCCCUGGAUGCCGGCCUGACCUUUGACACCAAAGAGAUGAGAGCCCAGCGAGAGCAGGCCCUGCUGACGGCCCGGCGUGACCCUGUGCUGAGCAGAGAAAGAGUGUACGAACGUAUCCGGUAUCCUAACGUGUACGACAGCUACGCGGAAGCUACAAAGACGCCGGCGUUUGUUGGAGGAGCGAGGAUGCUGCUACCCGAGGGAAUCCGCAGAGACAACACUAAGAUGUAUGAAGAAGUGGAGAUCCCACCAAAUCAACCAAUGCCGAUCGGCUUUGAAGAGAAACCUGUCUACAUCUCUGAACUAGAUGAGAUCGGGCAACUGGUGUUCAAGGGGAUGAAGCGGCUCAACAGGAUCCAGUCCUUGGUGUUUGAGACGGCCUACAACACAAACGAAAACCUUCUGAUCUGCGCUCCAACUGGCGCCGGCAAGACCAACAUCGCCAUGCUGACCGUUCUUCACGAGAUCCGCCAGCACCUGCAGCCCGGCGGUGUCAUCAAGAAGGAUGAGUUCAAGAUAGUUUAUGUGGCUCCGAUGAAGGCCUUGGCAGCUGAGAUGACUAAUUACUUCAGUAAGCGGUUGGAGCCACUGGGCAUCGCUGUUAAAGAACUCACCGGAGACAUGCAGCUAACCAAAGGGGAGAUUCUCCGAACACAGAUGUUGGUGACGACUCCAGAGAAGUGGGAUGUCGUGACCAGGAAGAGCGUUGGAGAUGUGGCUCUCACCCAGAUUGUGCGUCUCCUGAUCCUGGAUGAAGUUCACCUUCUACAUGAAGAUCGAGGACCAGUACUGGAGAGCCUGGUGGCCAGGACCAUCAGACAGGUGGAGUCCACCCAGAGCAUGAUCCGGAUCCUGGGACUUUCAGCAACGCUGCCCAACUACCUGGAUGUCGCCGCCUUCCUGCAUGUCAAUCCCUACAUCGGCCUCUUCUUUUUUGACAGUCGCUUCAGACCGGUGCCGCUCGGACAGACCUUUGUUGGCAUCAAAUCCACCAACAAGAUUCAGCAGAUGCACGACACAGAAGAAGUUUGUUACAACAAAGUUCUUGAGCAAGUUAAAGCAGGACACCAGGUGAUGGUGUUUGUGCACGCCCGUAACGCCACAGUGAGGACAGCUAUGGGGCUCAUCGAGAUGGCAAAGAACCACGGAGAAAUAUGUUUCUUCCAACCAGACCAGGGUGCAGACUAUGGCCAGUGUGAAAAACAGAUCCAACGGUCCAGGAACAAGCAGAUGAAGGAGAUGUUCCCAGAAGGCUUUGGGAUCCACCACGCCGGGAUGCUGCGCUCUGACCGGAGCCUGAUGGAGAGCAUGUUCUCCAAAGGCCACCUCAAGGUGCUGGUCUGUACAGCCACCCUGGCCUGGGGAGUGAACCUGCCGGCCCACGCAGUUAUCAUCAAGGGAACUCAAAUCUACGAUGCGAAGCGGGGCACUCUGGUGGACCUGGGCAUCUUGGACGUCAUGCAGAUAUUCGGACGCGCCGGUCGCCCCCAGUUUGACAAGUACGGCGAGGGCACCAUCAUCACCACCCACGACAAGCUGAGUCACUACCUGACCCUGCUCACCCAGCAGAAUCCCAUCGAGAGCCAGUUUCUGGACAGCCUGGCCGACAACCUCAACGCCGAGAUUGCUCUGGGGACUGUCACCAAUGUGGAGGAGGCCGUGAAGUGGCUCAGUUACUCCUACCUGUACGUCCGCAUGAGGGCCAACCCACUGGCGUACGGCAUCAACCACAAGGCUUAUCAGAUGGAUCCUGGUUUGGAGCUGUACAGGAAGGAGCUGGUGGUGGAGUCGGGCAGGAAGCUGGAUAAAGCCAGGAUGAUCCGCUUUGAGGAGCGCACCGGCUACUUCGCCUCCACUGACCUGGGCCGCACCGCCAGCCACUUCUACAUCCGAUACAACACCAUAGAGACCUUCAACGAGCUUUUCAACUCUCAGCGAACUGAAUCCGACAUCCUCAGCAUCGUGUCCAAGGCUGAGGAGUUUGAGCAGCUUAAGGUCCGUGAGGAGGAGAUGGAGGAGCUGGAGCAGAUGCUGUCCGACUACUGCCAUCUCCCGGCUGCAGGCGGCGUGGAGAACGGCUACGGGAAGGUCAACAUUCUGUUGCAGACGUACAUCUGUCGGGGAGAAGUGGACAGCUUCUCCCUCAUCUCAGACCUGUCGUAUGUGGCCCAGAACGCCGCUCGCAUCGUGAGGGCUUUGUUCGAGAUCGCCCUGAGGAAGCGGUGGCCGGCCAUGACCUACCGGCUGCUCACCCUCUGCAAGGUGAUUGACAAGCGGCUGUGGGGUUUCGCCCACCCUCUCCGGCAGUUCUCCAGCUUGAGCCACAUCGUGCUGAACCGCUUGGAGGAGAAGAAGCUCACUGUGGACAAGCUGAAGGAAAUGAGGAAGGAUGAGAUCGGUCACAUGCUGCACCAUGUCAACGUCGGGUUGACCGUCAAACAGUGCGUCCACCAGAUCCCCGCGAUCACGAUGGAGGCCAGCAUUCAGCCGAUCACACGCACCGUCCUGCGCGUUCGCCUCGUCGUCACGCCUGACUUUCGCUGGAACGACCAGGUGCAUGGGUCAGUGGGUGAGCCAUGGUGGCUGUGGGUGGAGGAUCCCAUCAAUGACCACAUCUACCACUCUGAGUACUUCCUCCUCCAGAAGAAGCAGGUGGUGACAGGAGAGCCACAGCACAUAGUGUUCACUAUCCCCAUCUUUGAGCCGCUGCCCUCCCAGUACUACAUCAAGGCGGUGUCCGACCGCUGGCUUGGGGCUGAAGCAGUCUGCAUCAUCAACUUCCAGAACCUCAUUUUACCCGAGAGACACCCACCGCAUACAGAGCUCCUUGACCUGCAGCCGUUGCCGGUGACAGCCCUGGGCAACCGGGAGUUUGAGAGCCUGUACAAGUUCACUCACUUCAACCCCAUCCAGACCCAGAUCUUUCACACGCUUUACCACACUGACACCAACGUCCUGCUGGGAGCACCGACAGGCUCCGGAAAAACCAUUGCAGCGGAGAUGGCCAUGUUCCGGGUGUUCAACAAGUAUCCAUCCGCUAAGGUGGUGUAUAUCGCUCCUCUGAAAGCCCUUGUGAGGGAGAGGAUUGAGGACUGGAAGAUCAGGAUUGAAGAGAAACUGGGAAGGAAGGUUGUGGAGCUGACGGGUGAUGUGACUCCAGACAUGAGAGCCAUAGCGCAGGCCGACCUCAUCGUCACCACGCCUGAGAAGUGGGAUGGAGUGAGCAGGAGCUGGCAGAACAGAAGCUACGUUCAGAAAGUAGCGAUUCUCAUCAUUGAUGAGAUCCACCUUCUGGGUGAGGACAGAGGUCCAGUGUUGGAGGUCAUUGUGUCCAGGACCAACUUCAUCUCGUCUCACACUUCUAAAACUGUCCGGGUAGUGGGUCUGUCCACGGCUCUGGCCAACGCUCGGGACCUUGCUGACUGGCUUGGAAUCGGACAGGUGGGUCUGUUUAACUUCCGUCCAUCUGUUCGCCCUGUCCCGCUGGAAGUCCACAUCCAUGGUUUCCCAGGACAACACUACUGCCCCCGCAUGGCCAGCAUGAACAAGCCCACCUUUCAAGCGAUACGCAGUCACUCCCCAGCCAAGCCAGUGCUGAUCUUCGUGUCGUCACGAAGGCAAACCCGCCUCACGGCCCUGGACCUCAUCGCUUACUUGGCUACGGAGGACAACCCGAAACAGUGGCUGCACCAGGACGAGAGAGAGAUAGAACACAUCAUCUCCACAGUCAGAGACUCCAACCUGAAGCUAACGCUGGCGUUCGGGAUCGGCAUGCAUCACGCAGGCCUUCACGAGAGAGACAGAAAGACCGUGGAGGAGCUGUUUGUCAACUGUAAGAUCCAGGUUCUGAUUGCCACCAGCACUCUGGCCUGGGGGGUGAACUUCCCCGCUCAUCUGGUGGUCGUCAAGGGAACUGAAUACUUUGAUGGCAAAUCCAGGCGCUAUGUGGACUAUCCCAUUACAGAUGUCCUGCAGAUGAUGGGGCGAGCAGGUCGUCCACAGUUUGACGACCAGGGCAAAGCGGUUAUUCUGGUCCACGACAUCAAGAAAGAUUUCUACAAGAAAUUCCUCUAUGAGCCCUUCCCCGUUGAGUCCAGCCUCCUCAGUGUGCUGUCAGACCAUCUGAACGCUGAGAUUGCUGCAGGAACCAUCUCAUCCAAACAGGACGCCAUGGACUACAUCACCUGGACGUACUUCUUCAGGCGGCUGGUGAUGAACCCCAGUUAUUACAGCCUAGAAGACGUCAGCCACGAGUCCAUUAACAAAUUUCUGUCCAACUUGGUGGAGAAAAGCCUGCGGGACCUAGAGUGCUCUUACUGCAUAGAGAUAAAAGAGGAUGAUCGAACCAUUGAGCCUCUGACUUACGGUCGCAUCGCCUCCUACUACUACCUGAGGCACGAGACCGUCCGCAUGUUCAAGGAGCGACUCAGGGCUGAGCUUCCCAUCCACGAGCUGCUCUCUGUUCUCACGGAUGCAGAGGAGUACGCUGAGCUGCCUGUCAGACACAAUGAGGACCAGCUGAACAGCCAGCUGGCUCAGCAGCUCCCCCUGCAGGUCAACCCCCACUCGUUUGACAGCGCCCACACCAAGACCCACCUGCUGCUGCAGGCCCACUUCAGCCACGCCCAGCUGCCCUGCAGCGACUACACCACCGACACCAAGACGGUGCUGGACAACGCCAUCCGGAUCUGUCAGGCGAUGCUAGACGUCGCCGCCAAUGAAGGCUGGCUCGUCACGGCCAUCAGCAUCUGCAACCUGGUGCAGAUGAUCGUGCAGGGCCGCUGGCUGCACGACUCCUCGCUGCUGACGCUGCCACAUAUAGAACAGCAGGACAUCUAUUUGUUCAGGAAGUGGUCAAACAGGAAGGGGAGGAGUGACGUGGGAGGCUUCAGUGGGCAAAUUGAAGGACUUCCUGAGCUGAUCGCCGCCUGCAACGGAAAAGAAAGCGUCUUCGCCGCUAUGGUCGGACAAGAGUUUCAUCCAAGUCAGAUUUCCCAGGCGUGGUCCUUCCUGAGCCACCUCCCGGUGUUGGAGGUGGAGAUGAGUGUGAAGGGUUGGUGGGAGGACAGCCGUGAGCAGACGGAGCGCCCCCUGCCUGCAGCCGGGGCCAACAUGAGGGACGACGGCAACUGGCUGAGUGUCCACGCCGACCAGGAGUACGUUCUGCAGGUGUCGCUGAGACGCAUCAACGUGGGCCAGCAGAGGAGGAAGCAGGACAGCAAGGCCCAGGCCCCCAGGUUCCCCAAGGCGAAGGACGAGGGCUGGUUCCUGGUGGUGGGGGAGGUGGACCGCAGGGAGCUGCUGGCUGUCAAACGGGUCGGAUACGUGCGCAACCGCACGGCCGUGUCCGUGGCCUUCUACACGCCAGAAAAGACCGGGAAGUGCAUCUACACCCUGUACCUGAUGAGCGACAGCUACCUGGGUCUGGACCAGCAGUACGACAUCCACCUGAACGUGACGCCCGCCAGCAUCGCCGCCCAGGUCAACACGGAGGUGUCGGACUCUGUCUCCGCCCCGUCCCUUUAGCUGAGGGACAGAGCAGCUGGUCUCACGUUCAGCCUCACUGAUCCCGUUCAUCUCAUCCUUCAUCUACUUCUGCUUCAGUUCUGAGCAUCGGUGGCUUUCACCACAUGCUGCUGUGUUAACGCUGCCAUGAGAACAUCAGAAAAAAGCACUUUUUUGUAAUUUUUUUAAGGGUUGGACGAAUCUGAUGAUUGUUUUUUUUUUUUUUCUUUUUGAAGUUUAAAUAAUUUUUUGACUUAAAUAUCUUCAUUUAAAAGUGGCAACUCUUUCUCUCUGUGUAACUUCCAAACAAUUAGCGUAGCAUCACUGAUGGGCAGUAAUUAAUCCACUCUCUGAAGGCGGCUGUGAAAUAAGACAGAGGCUUAUUCAUUUUUCAUUUUUCUUUUUCAGUGUCUGGUCAAACUGGACUUCAUAGCUUUUCCUCAAAAAAAAAAAUCCAGUCAACAGCUAAUAUGAGCCAAAAGUCACUGGUUACCCUUUCAAAUGAAUAAUAAUGCUCAUUAAUUCUAAAAACUGGAAGUCUGUACUGAAAUAUUUUACAUAUUUGCACAUUCUUUAAAUAAGCUUGUGAUGACCACUGUGGCCUUAUGAGGAAAUAGCAAAGGGUGGUGCAUCAUUCAGUCCACAUAGAGCUAACGCUUGCUUCGUUGAGUCGUAUUAAAAAGAACUGUGUCCACAGAUUAAAUCCACAGACACGUGGCGUCACCGUGCAGACCGAGUCGACCUAAUCCACCCUCGAUGAUGAGGUGUGUGAAGCGAGCGUCCUCCCACUGCAGGUGCAAAACUGUCACAUCUGUUUCCUCUGCUAAUGAGUCUCCUCCACCUCCAGAGAAACUUCAGCUGAAAGCUUCUGAUCACACCUCUGAAGUGAUUCGGUUAGGAUCAUCACGAGAGAAAAUACGCCAUGUUUGAAAUGAGAUGUGUGUCCAUAGGUUUGACUGUUGCUUGCUGAAUAUUUUCAAAAUAAAAGCAUCGCAUCACGUGAA